GGCAGCUGUGGGCAGCGGACCGUCGGAGGUCUCGCGCAGGGGCCUGCAGCUUUGCCCGGCCUGGAGCAAGUGUGCGGGGCCGGGAGGAGAGCCAGGGUUGGGGUGGGGGAGGAGCGGGCCGGGCCCGGGGCUGCGGCUGCGGCCGCGGGGCUGCGACUCCCCAGCCCCGCCAGCCCGAACGCUCGGAGGGAGAGGCAAGGUCUUGACAGGGUGGCUGGACCAGUGGCAGAAUCCACUGGCGGACUCUGGACUUGAGGGUUCUGGCUGUGGUCUGUAGGAGCGAAGAAGAGAAGGACUCAAAUCCAGGCCAACUGGAUGGCUGUCUGAGGUGUUGGAACAGAAGGAGGUCCAUUCCUGUUGGUGACAACACUGUGGCCCUGUUCUGGGAUGACCGAGGUAUAAAGGAGCUGGUAACUUCGGUCAAGGGAAGAAGAAACUCCAUGAGUGGCAGCCUCAACAACUGGCUCUUUCCUCCUGGGUUUCCCCCAAGAAAGAGCAGCCGAGUCCUUGCAUCUUGCGGCAGCUGGCGCGCCCAGCACUAAGUCUGUGGGAGCUGAAGGCAGCCCGGUCCCUUCUAACGGGCAGCACCCACCUGUGCUGAGGUCCUGCAGCGGUGGCAGUGCAAGGAGCUGUACAGUCAGUUAUAACUGAAAAUGUCUGACGGCCUGGAUAAUGAAGAGAAACCCCCAGCUCCCCCACUGAGGAUGAAUAGCAACAACCGGGAUUCUUCAGCACUCAACCACAGCUCCAAACCACUUCCCAUGGCCCCUGAAGAGAAGAAUAAGAAAGCCAGGCUUCGCUCUAUCUUCCCAGGAGGAGGGGAUAAAACCAAUAAGAAGAAAGAGAAAGAACGCCCAGAGAUCUCUCUUCCUUCAGACUUUGAACAUACGAUUCAUGUGGGGUUUGAUGCAGUCACCGGGGAAUUCACUAACUCCCCCUUCCAGACCUCUAGACCUGUGACGGUCGCUUCAAGUCAAUCAGAGGGAAAAAUGCCAGAUCUCUAUGGCUCACAGAUGUGCCCAGGGAAGCUCCCAGAGGGAAUUCCUGAGCAGUGGGCACGACUACUCCAGACCUCUAACAUAACAAAACUGGAACAGAAGAAGAACCCACAAGCAGUUCUGGAUGUCCUCAAAUUCUAUGAUUCCAAAGAAACAGUCAACAACCAGAAAUACAUGAGCUUUACAUCAGGAGAUAAAAGUGCACAUGGAUACAUAGCAGCCCAUCCUUCGAGUACGAAAACGGCAUCGGAGCCUCCUCUGGCUCCUCCUGUGUCUGAGGAAGAAGAUGAAGAAGAGGAAGAAGAAGAAGAUGACAAUGAGCCCCCACCAGUUAUUGCGCCCAGACCAGAGCAUACAAAAUCAAUCUACACUCGUUCAGUGGUUGAAUCCAUUGCUUCACCACCAGCACCAAAUAAAGAGGUCACACCACCUUCUGCUGAGAACGCCAAUUCCAGUACUUUGUACAGAAACACAGAUCGGCAAAGGAAAAAAUCCAAGAUGACAGAUGAGGAGAUCCUGGAGAAGCUAAGAAGCAUUGUGAGUGUUGGUGACCCAAAGAAAAAAUACACAAGAUUUGAAAAAAUAGGUCAAGGGGCAUCAGGUACUGUUUAUACAGCGCUGGACAUUGCAACAGGACAAGAGGUGGCCAUAAAGCAGAUGAACCUUCAACAGCAGCCCAAAAAGGAAUUAAUUAUUAAUGAAAUUCUGGUCAUGAGGGAAAAUAAGAACCCCAAUAUUGUUAAUUACUUAGAUAGCUACUUAGUGGGUGAUGAACUGUGGGUAGUCAUGGAAUACUUGGCUGGUGGUUCUUUGACUGAUGUGGUCACAGAGACCUGUAUGGAUGAAGGACAGAUAGCAGCUGUGUGCAGAGAGUGCCUCCAAGCUUUGGAUUUCUUGCACUCGAACCAAGUGAUCCAUAGAGACAUAAAGAGUGACAAUAUUCUUCUUGGGAUGGAUGGCUCUGUUAAAUUGACUGAUUUUGGGUUCUGUGCCCAGAUCACCCCUGAGCAAAGUAAGCGAAGCACAAUGGUGGGAACUCCUUACUGGAUGGCACCUGAGGUGGUGACUCGGAAAGCUUAUGGUCCAAAAGUUGAUAUCUGGUCUCUGGGGAUUAUGGCAAUCGAAAUGGUGGAAGGUGAACCCCCUUACCUUAAUGAAAAUCCACUCAGGGCAUUAUAUCUGAUAGCCACUAAUGGAACCCCAGAGCUCCAGAAUCCUGAGAGACUGUCGGCUGUAUUCCGUGACUUUUUAAAUCGCUGUCUUGAGAUGGAUGUGGAUAGGCGAGGAUCUGCCAAGGAGCUCUUGCAGCAUCCAUUUUUAAAAUUAGCCAAGCCUCUCUCCAGCCUGACUCCUCUGAUUAUCGCUGCAAAGGAAGCAAUUAAGAACAGCAGCCGCUAGGACAGCAAGCCUUAGCCCACACCAUCUCCCUCCUGAGUAAGACUGAAAUAAAACUCUGCUGCAGGAAAGAUGGAAGAAAAGACAGUCAAAUGGGGUGGGGGUUCUUUAACUUUCAAAUGAAUAGAAACUUCUUAUAAGCCUUUUUCCUACUCCCUCAGAUUAUGUAAUUUAUUUGUAAGCCUGAAUCGCCGCCCAAACCAGGGCAGCAAUGUCGAAGUGGCCGUAAAGUGGUCACUUCCACCGUGAAGCGAAAGAGCCAGUAGUGAAUCCCCUCAUUUUGUGCAUUCACUUUGAAGAAAAAAGGUUUCUCAAAGAUGCACACUCCCUCUUCAUAGUGUUGUGUUUGUUUUUAAGUUAGAGUAGUCCCUCUUGCAUUUGAACCAUCUUCAAAACUCCUUACCCAAUGUGAUGUUUUUCACUUGCAUUGUCAUUAGAUGUCCAGUAAAAAGAUGUCAAAAGUUUUUUUAAAAAGAAAGCAAAAAAAAAACACCUAAAAACGAAACAAAAAAAAAUAAAAAACACAACACAACAAAACAAAACAAAACAAAAAAACACCCAGAGCAAGUACUGUGUGAACAUGUGGAAGUCCAUGCCCUAAUAGAGUUGCAAUUUUUUAUUCUUCCUCUAUAGUGGUGGCUUGGUUUGUGUACCCAUUUUCCUGCAUUUAUCUUGGAAAAGGUCCUUUUAAGACAUUUUCUAAAAGCAGAGAGGAAUACGUAUGUUCAGGAAGGGCUUUUGAAAACUGUCAUUCUUAAUACAGCUCAAAUGGUGAAACCCUGUCACAGUGAGGCUUAAGAGGUAGUUGAUUUAUCAUUUAUAUAGACCAGCUUGUUCAUCAUGAUGCCUGGAAAAGGACACACCCAGACUCGCACCCUUGAUGGGUGAGUCCAGGUCCUGAACCUAGGAAGUCCUUUUGGAGAAACCAUACUUAAACAAAGAUGGGACUUUCUCUAAGAGCCAAAAGGAAAACAAAUGUGUGCAAUACUGAAAUCCUUGUUGGGCAGAAAGUACACAAAGAUAGAGAUAACUAAUGUAAUCCCCUCUUGUGAUUGUAGAACAUAUGCAUUGUGAAAUAGGCACAUCAGGAGGAAAUAGACCCAUUAGGCAACAUUUGCUCAUAAUAGAAAUUAUUUCCUUUGACAGCAUAACAUUCUAGAAAUUAGAAAAAGAUCUGGAGAGUAGAGAUAUUGUAAGCAUUCAACUCUAUAAGAAAUGGGAAGUCAGUGAAAACUAAUUCCAAUCAACAUUCCACUUUAAGUACUUGUUUCCAUUUUCCCUAAGUAUCACCAAUUUCUGUUUAAGAUAUGGUGUGUUCAUAGUUAGUCAUUUGGGCUUUGAAUUUCAAAGACAUGAUCAUAAAAAUCCAUAAGUUCUCCAGUGAAAAUAAGUAGGGUUUGCAAUCACAUAACCUAAGAAGAAUCAAUCCAACUGAAUUCCUUUUGGGGCUUGGAGAAAAUGUGAAGAUUUGACUACUAUUUCACCAUGUGUCUAGUCCUUUAAAAUUCAACCGUUGGCUCUUCCUGAGUCUUCUGAGAGAAGAAAAAUAUCUGGAGGGUGUCUGUGUAGAAAAGGGUAUGCUUCUCUUUCAAGUGUAUUGUCAAUUUUAUAAAUUCUGCAAAAUUGUUUCUCUAAGCCUUUGAAAAGCUAAUAAUUUGUGCUAUAGGUGUCUUGAUUUGUAGUAUAUCAAGAAUCUGAAUAGAACCUAUCUACAUCUACACUCAGCAAGAGGGAGAAAGAGAUCAGUGACAUGGGCCUCGCUCCUUCUCUGCCGAGGUACAUCUAUCCAUCUAACCAUCCAUCAAUUCCUUAAAAUGAAAGCACUUUUUUAGAGAGUUUCUGCUAAUCACAUAGUGUACAUUUUUAUGUUUAGGAGAUGACACUACUCGUGGAUUUCCUAGGUUCCUUUUGUUUUCUUUGACUAUUAAGUUUGGGAGGAGCUUGGCCCUCUCCCCCAAAAUGUCCACAGUGGGAAACAACAAAUGUGAAAAGAAAAUCAAAUGGUAAUAUUAAUUUGAAGCAUGCUAUGUUAUACUUUGCAAAAAGUUGGCUGGGCCUGAAAUUUUUAAUGCCACACUGCUCUGAUGAGAGAAAGGGGCCUUAAUUUUUAUUUCACUUAAAUUAAGUAUUUUUAAAAAUUUUCCAUUCAUAGUGCCAGGGAAUUCAAUAAAAUAAUACCUGGAAUACGAAUAGAAUUUACUACAUUGCUAACUAUGCCAUGCCAGUGGAGAAAGCCCCAAACCUGGUUGGGAAACUCUAGUUGUCAGUUAGCAUCCCUUAUAUUUCAUGAAGGCCUUUGGUUUGGUUUUGUUUUCUGGUGGGAGGAGCCCUGGAGCAGUGAUCUUUUAGAUCAUUGUAGGCAGAGAAAUGUCUGCUCUUUUAUGCUUUCAUUCAGCAUAUUAGCAAUGAGGGGCCAGGUAAUGGCUAGACCCCAUUGUACCAAGAUUUUACGAUCAUAUAUCCCAGUAGGUUUUACUCUUAAAAAUUUAUAUCUGUGUAAAUUUUUAAAAGAGAACAGCUUCUAAAGACCCUUACCCAUGUUAGAGAGUUAUGUAUAUUUCUAAGAAGUAUUAGAGAGAGGCUGUUCCUCCUGCCAAAAUGAUGCUAAAUGAUUCACAUUGGGUACACUUGAGCAGCUUGGACUCCAGAUGGUUAAUAGUUUAUUCCCUUUCCCUGGAUUUUUUUUAAGCCCAUCUUGACACAGGUGAGUCUACCCAGAUCUUUAAAGUUGUUAGUGUGCCCUGAGAUAAUGGGGGCACAUAGUCGAAUGUUGAUUCUAAAACGUCCUGAGAUAGGGAGAGGGCCAUGAGAAAGUCAGGGAAGGGUGAGAAGCACAGUAGAGAUUAUUUAUUUAAGAAAGAAAAGAACAUUAAUGUUGUAGUGAGGAUCCGGUGCGUUGUCAUAAUCCCAUGAGGAUUUUUGGGUGACAUAAUCCCCUCAAAUCAGUCACCAUGAUGGGUAAUGACUUCGUUCUUGCUGAUCUUGUCUAUGUGUCAUUGUAAAUAUUUGUGUGUCCAUGUUCCAUUUUGGCUACUGGAUGGCCAAGUCAUGUAAGAAGACUUAACUCAAGUAUUUAUUCUUUAACUGUGUUAUUCAGAUUUCUUUCAGGCUUGUGAAUUGCACCCUAGUGUUUGAGUUUAACCACUUGAUCCCCACGUCUAUCUCUCCCCUGUGAAGCACAUUCCAUUGCUAAGGGAAAAAGAAAUAUGAAAUUGCUUCCUGUUGUCUGUAUAGUUGUUUUGAUAGUUUGAGAUGUUUGUUUAUAAAGGAUAUUUCUCAGCUCAAAGAUCAUGUAAAUAAUUAUAUUCCUUUGCUCAAUGGGUUGUUCAUUUCUAAUGAGGCUGCCAGUUCUCAGAGAGCAUCUAUAAAAUCACUUAUAAAUAACAUAAACAGGGAUUACAACCAUGUAAAAGAAGUGUGCAUAUGUACAAAGACUGGAAACACAGAUAAUUGAAAUCAGUGUGUUAGGGUGGUGGGAUUAUGUGAAAUUCUUUUUUGCUUUAAAAAUUUUCUUCAAUUUUGUUACAGUAUUGCUUUGUAAUGAAUAAACAUCAGAAAGGGGACUAUAGGAACCUAGAAAAGAUGCCAGAAGCAGACACUGUCUGGCCAGAGCCCAGAGCAUGCAGGGCACAGAUACUUGCUAGUUACAGUUAUUCCAUAGGCUCUAUAUUUGCCUGGGUGCUGAGGUUGGCACAGGCUUGGGUACGGCAUGUGCUUUCUUAGGGGACUAUUAUCUAUAAGUUAAAGCUAGGGAGACGUCACUAUUACAAUCCAAACACAUCCUUCUGCUUUAAAACUGGCUGCCCUCCACUUGGCUUUGGCAUCAAGGUUUCUGCUUGGGUUAAUCUAGGUUGGAAGGGUGACAUUUGACUAGCCUCCUUGAUAACAUCUGUUUCAGGUAUCACUUUUCUGGGUCAUUUUAGCAGAUUUUCAAGUUGAAUUUUGGAAGAAUACACAGAUAAAAUUCCCAGCUCCCACCAUUUCCUUGUCCAACAGGAUAUGAUAUUCAGGUAGGAUUCUUCUUUCAGUGACCGGUAGGGCAAGUCCCAUCGAUUUCAGUAGGAGUUAUGCCCUGCAAUUAGAAGCUCACUAUGAAAAUAUUAAGACAAAUAUUGAGAUCUGCUUUUGCCUGUUGGCAUUUAGUCACAGUCCUGGCAGCUGUGGCUUGAGAUGCCUUCCACGUGCUUCCUGUAUUGCCUGAUGAUAGUUUGUAUGCAGUAACUACUGUCAUUUUUAAAGAGAAAAAGGGAGACACCUACCAAAACACAGGCAGUUCCUUCUAACUCACCAAAGAAAUUUGAGGAGAAGACUUUUAUAAUGAGGUAGUGGCCUCUGAUGUUACUCAGUCUCACCGAGAGCAGACCUUAUAUCUUGAGAACCCACAGGCUUUUUAUUGGCUAUUCUCAAUGUAAAAACACUUAUGGGAGUCUUAACCUUGCCAUCCCCUGGUUGAAUCUCAUGGUCCUUUUCUGAGCUACUUGCAGUUAAUAUUUGGUUAAAGAAAGGCAUGACUGGUGAUGCAAGCUUCUCCUGGUUUCUGAGCAAGAGAACUGAAAUUCAGCAUUUGUAAAUUGACAGUCUCAUAGGCCUGGGAUUUUGAGUGAACUUAACACACAAUUCUGAACAUAUAUUUGCAUGUGCAUUGGGAAGGAAAUAAAUGGGACCUUGGAAAUAAUGGAAAUAUUUUUUCUAAGAAAGAAGUUUUCAUGAGAGAUUUGUUUCUGAUAUAAUCUUUCUGUUGAUUAGCUUUAAUUUUUUCACUCCUUUUCUGAUCCCACACUUCUUUAAGAACAAACGAAUGUAACCCAACUCCUCAUGCUUUGGGAAUGUCUGUUUAAUAUUAAACAAUAUCCAACUGAAUCUACAAGCGGGAACUGAGAUAUUACCGCCAUGUGCACACUUCUAUGUACAAGUUAUACUGUAAUGCAAGUAGUAGUUACUGCCAUGUAAUACAGUCAAAUGUGCAAGAUUAACUUAUGGAAACUGGUUUGUGCCAUCUGAGUCUCCUUUGGAAGCUGCCAUGAGGUGAGUGCUAUCCCAUAAUAACCAACAGUAAGGCAGGUACCAUGUUCACCUGAUUUAGUACCAAACAGGAAACCAACAGCAAUUAUAGAGAACCAGUCAGACGUAGUGGAAGGAGUACUAGCGUAGGAGUAAGGAGACCUGGAUUGUAAUACAGGCUCCAUUACUAACUUACUGUGUGACUUGGUGCAAGUUACGUAACCUUUUCAUGGCUGUUUUCUCAUCUGUAAAACGGGGGUAUGGGACGAGGUGAGCCCCCAGGGGCUUUCCAUAAGCUGUACCUUCAGUGGCACUAGAGGCUGCCUUGCAAAUUCAGCCUGCUAAAGUGAGGCAAAUACUACGUGCUUAAGCCUGGGUUUCUUGUGUUGCGCUAAGCAAUAGGACUGUAGGUGAAGCUCUAAUAACUCUCGGGAAUGUUGAUAAAACUUGUGGCAGCCUUCCAAUUCCUUCACAGUGGUUUUUUUUGCUCUUGUUUUUGUGUCUCUAUUCGGAGUGUUCCCAGUUUUCAUUUUCCAUGCGCUCGGUAUGUAAAGUCUGGUUUUCGUUAAGCUGUGGCCAGUAUUUGCGACUGGAACGCAAAUACACUAUCACACUUGCUAGGAUAGAAGUAUACUUGGGCCUCUCCUUUCCUGUGGUGCAGUGCCGGGCUUUAUGGCUCGCUACAUAAAUGGCACCAGAUGUCAGAACCCAUGCAGAGUGACAAAUGAAAAGGGAUUACAUGCUAACACCAUUAAGGUGUGUUGACAUAUCUACUUGUUGGGAACCAGAGAGAGCAUAUUGGAUGGCAGCUCCCCAAGAGUACGCUGCUAGAGGGAAGGUAAACUGAAAUUCACUUAGUCCCAAUGUCCUGCCUACAUCAGAGUGCCAACCAGCCCUGAGUGCAAAGUUUGAGUUGAGUGUGUGUGCUUGUAUGUGGUGUGCUUUAUGGACCCGCAUACACCAUAUUCUUAGUGAUGGUAAGACCUUUUCCAGAAUCCUGUAACCAUUUAGUGGGUUGAAUUUUAAAUCUCAGUGCAUCAGCCAGGAGGAGCCAGAUCACAGAGCACUGAUGUCCACUGGGAUUAUAUUCAUGGUAUCCAGACAAAACAAGCUGAGGAGGAUCUACAUUUUCAUUGUUUAUCACAAUUGUAUCCCAUUUGGCCAUGCAUUACUUUUGUUAAAAUGUGUUAUCUGUAAACCCAUGUGUAGUGAAUUCUCCUGUAACUUUGGAUUAAAGGUGUUUAUGGUC